AUGUUACGAUUGUCUAAUUCGUUUCAUACGGGUUCAUCAACUGCUUCUAAGAAAUGUCAAGGGGGGAAAAAAAUAAAAAACAAAGGAUAUGUAGGGAAAAGAGACAAAGAAUAUAAAGAUGAAAAUAAAGAUGAAACAAAUAAUAAUAAUAAUAAUAAUGAAGAAGGUAAUGUAUGCGAAAAUGGAAAUAUAAAUGAGUCAGAUUAUUUUAAUACUAAUAAUAAAGAUGAAUGUUAUAAAAUUUACGAUAAAAGUAAUACUUAUGAUGAUUACAUUUGUGAUGAUUAUAAUAUAAAUAAUUAUAAUAGUUCAUAUAUUGAACACUUUAAUAAUUCGUUAAAUAAAGAAAAUAAUAUAUUAUACAAAAACAAAAAGAAUUAUUUUAAUGUUAAUAGACCAAGUGUAAUUAAAAAAAAAAUGACAUGUAAUGAAGAAAAGGAAAUGAAGAAUAUAUCCGUGCCCUUAUAUAAUUAUAAAACAAAAGAAAUGAAUGAAUUAUCAUUUGAUAUUUCUAAUUUGAAUAUAUCUCCUAUGAAUAGGAAAUAUAUUAAUAAGAAAACUAGUUUAAAGAGUAUAUGUACAAAUAAUAAUAAAAGAAAUAUAUUAAUUGAUGAUCUAAAAACAAUAAAAAGUGAAAUAGUAGAAUUAAGAAAUGAUAAUAAUACAUGUAAUGAAAAAUUGGUUAAAGAUUUGGUUAUGUAUUCAUUUAGUAACUCAGUUCAAAUGGAUUUAAAAAAAGAAGACAUGUUAAUACAAUAUGAAAAAUAUAAAAAUAAUAAGAAAGAAAAGAAACGAAAACAUAAUAAAAUUUAUAAAAUGAAAUAUAAAAUAUUUAAAAAAAGUGUAUUAUAUUCAAAUUAUUAUGGUCCAGAUAUUAUACAUAUGUUUAAUCAAACGAAAUUAAAUCUGAGUUUUUAUCAAAGGGAAAUUGAUGAUUUCUUGAAUGUUAUAAGGAAUUUACAAAAUAUAGUUCUAAUAGAAAGGGAAAAAUAUAACGAACUUAAAGAAGUGUUGAAAUAUACCACAGAAGAAAUAGAAAAAGAGAACAACAAAUUAUAUGAAGAAUUAAAUACAUAUAAACAAAAAUAUAAUAAAUUAAAAGGUUAUAUAUCAAAUAUUGGAUAUGGAAAUUUAUUUAAUCUAAAGUAUAACGAUGAUAAAAAUAUUAAAUAUAAUAAUAAUAAAGAAAAGAGUUAUAUGGAUUUGGGAAAUUUAUAUGAUAAUGAAUAUAAUGAAGAUAAUUAUGAUUGUAUAGAUAUGGAUAAACAAGUGGAGAAAGAAUAUGAUUAUGUGAUAGUUAAUAAAAAUUUCAAUAUAGGAAAUGAUCAUUGCAAUAAUAAAUAUAUGAAUAGAUCUAGGAAUAGUAAAAAUUCUUCUUUAUUAAAUUAUCUAGAUUUCUAA